GAUUGUCACAGUUUUAUGAGUUUGAGGGUCAAAAUUGGGCUGCAAGUCUUGAUUACGUUACAAAACGCAUCAAUGAAGCGUGGAGGAAUUACAAGAGAAGAUUGACUGCAAAAUAUAUUACAAACAAGGAUCCUAUUGCUGUAAGAGAUGGUCCUGCCCCCCCAGGUAUCCCUAUGGAGGAUUGGAGGGCCUUCGUGGAUCAACGUACCACCGAGGAAUUCAAGAGGAUAAGCGCAAGGAAUAAAGUCAAUCGGGCCAAGCUAAAAGGACCUGCGUGUCUUGGGAGGCACAGCAUGGCUGUUACUCGCCAUAAGAUGGCGAUGGAGAAGAAUCUUACCUCUGAUGUCGAGAUAGGUAGAUGUGAAGUCUUCUUAAGAGCCCAUACAAGAAAGGACAAAGUUGUCCAAUAUCCUGACCUUGCUGAAAAACUAGAUGAGCUCUAUAGUAGCAAUCCUGCUUCUAGGAUGACCGGCAUGGAUGAUGCCCUUACAGAGUUGGUUGGUUCUGACAAUAGAGGGCGAAUGCGGGGUCUAGGUUGCUCAAUAAGCAAGGUAGGACUGAAGAAGUCAGCCCCUGCUCGUUCAAAGGUAGAGAAUGUGACAAAAGAAAAAGAGAGCGUAACUCAAGAGUUAUCUCAGGUGAAGAAAAAAUUGGAUGGUAUGACUCAAGAUAUAGUUGAGAUGAAGAAAACAUUGGUUGAUAUGCAGAAAGAUAGACAGUAUACUCAAAAUCUCUCAUCACCAACAGUCGCUAAAUCUACUCAGGCGUCGUCGCCGGAUAUUAUAUAUAUCGGUAAGAGAUGCGACUUGCUUGGUUUUGGAAAACGUGGUGUAGUUGCUCGUGGUGAAGUACACGAAGUUAAUCCAAAUGCAACUGUCCAUUGCGAGCCGUUGGAGGAUGGAGCUUUUGUUGUUGUCCUGACUGAGGUUAUACAACCUCACGCUCCUUUGUGGAAAGAAGAUGGGUUCGCAUCUACACUUGGAGAGGCCGGUCCAGGAUCAUUUGUGCAAUGGGGGAAAGAGGCUUUGAGAAUUCAAUAAUUUGAACAAAUUUGGUACUGUAUAAUUGAACAUGUGUU